CAUCCUCUCCUCUCUCCUCUGUGUGCUGUACAUGUACGAAAUGUGGACCUACAUCUCAAUAUCCUAGCUAAAUAUUAUGUACCCGGAGGAUCGUUGGAAGUCGUCGUGUGAUUCGGGACGUAGAGUAUUUACAACAAAAACGCUUCGAUAUAUGCCAUGACCUGCUAAGACGAAGUUGUUUUACUUCCAGUCCGACUUUGGCCUUGCUUCCUAACAGAACAGAAAAACUUUCUCUUUCUCCAGAACGCAGCCUUGAACCGUUGUCAGAGAAAAGACGCCAUUCGUCUACCACUCAUAUUUCUACGGAUAAAAUCAUAAUUUUUCCACGGAACCCAACAAAUUAACAACUCUCAAAAUGGUUUGGACAAAAUUGGAGACUUGCGCCGUCUUAUCGAUUAUCUGUCUUUUCGCCAUAGCUUCCGCCGGAGGGUCGAAAGGUUACGGGGAAGAGUGUAUCGUAGGCCUGCUUGCAGGUGUGGGGGUUGGGAAUGAAGCAGAUACUUGCAAUGAAGACAAGAACCUAGUCUGCUUGGGAAAAACGUGUAAAUGUUCUCCGGAACGUUUCGUCUACCAGAACGGAUGGCUUGGACUUGAAUUUCUUGGGGGAGGUUGCAAAGUACGAGCAAACUUCCCAUGUUCGGAAACUGGUCCCGGAUGUGUGUCGAAUUCAGAAUGCAAACACGUCUGUCUGUGCAACGAUGGGUACCGGAUGGACUUAACUGAGGGGACGUGUGCUAACGGGGCACUGAAAAAUACUGGACUUGCAAUGAUCCCAAUGGUCCUUGUGGGGCUGGUCAUGUAUUAUUUGCAAAAUUGAAUCCAAGAUUUCAAUCAUCAAAAUUAUAAUUAUGAUUAUUAUUAUAAUUGAAUGCGAAUUUUUAAACUGCCAGAUUAUAUAUCUCAGUCGGUUCUUCUAGUGUUUGUUUUUAUGAAAGAAACUCCAUCAUUCUCUUUACAGUUUGCAUGAAAGUUAUUGGAUUUGUAAUUUUGUCGUCAUUAUUAGCUGCACUUUAAUGAUUUGAGUUGACAAGUUAUGAAAAUGCCAAGUAUUUUUGAUUUGUUGGAUUGCAUUGAAAUAUUUAUUAAUUUCAGAAUAUUUAUCACAGCAGAAAUCUCUCCCUCAUAAAUAGUUAUCAAUUUAUGUAUCUCCACUUAAUAUUCAUCCAGCCAAAUGCAACUCAUGAGUACGAAAAUUCAGCUCUUUCGCUACAUUGACAUUAUUAAUUGAUAAUAAGAUUCUAUAUUAUUAUGUAAGAGGAGGUUUAGGUCUAUUAAUGGAGCAAGUAAAAAAAAUAUUAUACAUAAAUAUAUUAUAAAACAUAUAUUUAGUAAUCGGUAUGCAAGAUAAUUUUAUCAUUUGCAAUACUCAAUAUAUUUAAUGCUGACUAGUUGUUGUAGAGGUCAAUAAAUAAAUAAAAGUUGGUUUAGUAGAUACAAAACGCCGAAUCCCGAAAAUAAAAUUUUAAUUGUAAAAAUGGGCUCGUAAAAGUUAGCUGAGCCGCUGAGCCUCAGCCGGCAUGGCACCCGCCUUCCAGUUGAUUUUUUGUUGUCGUUCUUUUCUUUUUGUAAAUUCAAUUGGCCAUUUCUAAUUUCAAAAAUUUUCACUGCAGUUUGUUUACGAUCGGCUGAAAUGUUCCCCCGUCCCCAUUUCUGUUGUCGUAUCGUCGUCAUUUUUGUGACCUUAGUCAGCCUCUUGACGUCGUUAUCUAUCUUACUAACUCGGCACCUUCGACCCUCCCUUAUCAUUCGGGACUUAGGUUAUCUCACUCGUCCGCUUUGGGACAACCCUGGAGAACAGCCAAAAAUUAUUAUUCCCCAUUUUGACGCCAGUAAUAACGACACGGUUGAAGACCUUUGCCGCCUCCACGGCUGGAUACCGAUAAUGCCAAAUACUACUAUUACUGUUAUCGACGCUGUGAUUUUCUCUAUUGAAUUGGACAUUUUAGAAAUUCGAAUCCGCGAGUUAUGGGACGUUGUUGACAUAUUUCUUGUCAUGGAGGCUGACCGCACCUUCGUCGGACGUCCGAAACAGCUUUAUCUCACCGAAAAUCUGUACAGAUUCUCCUGGGCAAGCAUGAAACUUCGCCACGUUCCUCUCCUCGACACCCUAAAGGCCCACCCCGCGAAAGAGUUCGACAACGAGAUGCAGAUGAGGAUCAGCAUGUCGAAAGCAGUUGAAGCACUUGCGCCAAAAGACGGUUCCUUAAUAAUUGUCAGUGACGUGGACGAGGUGCCGUUCAAGAAUACUAUCAAACUACUAAAAUCUUGUACUGGAUAUCCAACGAACGAACUUCACCUCCAGAUGAAAAAUUACCUUUACUCCUUCGAAUUCCGCCCUGCCACGACCAAUUGGAAACCACAUGUGACCCUGUUUAAGCACAAGAAUUUCAACUACCAUCACGGGAAAAGAAAGUCCAAUCACACCUUGGCCAACGCCGGCUGGCACUGCUCCUUCUGUUUUCGAUACUUGUCCGAUUUCCUGUUUAAAAUGACAUCGUACUCCCAUCAUAGCAGGGUCACAGGGGAACACUUGCUCCGUAGGGAGAACAUUCAAAAGAAAAUUUGUGAGGGGGCUGACCUAUUUGACAUGCUUCCGGAAGCUUAUUCAUACAAGGAGUUGAUCGCGGCGAUGAGGAAUGUUCCAAGGACAUCGAGUACGGCAGGGAUUCCCGAAACGGUGCUAAGAUAUAAGAACAAGUUUUCAUUUUUACUGCCAGGUGGGUGUGUUAGGGAAUAUUCAAAGGUCAAAUAUGUAGAGUAGGAGUAGCUAAAUAUCUAUAAUAUUGCAUAUAAAAUUUUCAACAUAAUAACUAAACUAUCUUGUACUCGUACUUUAUGUACAUAAUUGGCAUUUUGAUUAUGACUUUAAAUGGUUUAACUUUAAAAUAAUUUUAUCAAGCAAUUACAAUUUUUUUCUAUCUGUCGUCUCUAAUGAUUUCUAAAUAAGCAUUUCUCUUUGUUGUGUUGAUGCGUCC